UAUUUUACAUAUAUACACUAAUGAGUAAAAAAUGAAACGCAACAUUAACCCACAUGCGUAAAUGUUGAUGUUAGCUUACCGUCUGAUACUUCAAUAUUUGUAAUAUUACAGGCACUCGGGGGGAAAUGCUGAGAGUGUUGAAAUUAUUUGCAUGUUUGUAUAUGAUGUGUGAACGAACCUUUUAUUAAAUCUAGAUAUUAUUAUUUGUAUUAAGAACAAAUACGACAGGAGAAGCAACAAAAGCAAGAGGAAUUUACGUUGAGAAUACAGGAGAAUAUUGAAAAGCCUUGCAAUAUCACCAUAACUGUGGUUGGCCAUAAAGGAGUAGGUAAGUCUUGUUUUGUUAGACAAAUAAAACAAGAAAGCAUACCUAAAGAUGGUCCGCUGUCGACUGAUACGGCCGACUUCUAUAUAAACUACAUAGCCUACAACCCGAACACCGGAUAUCGACAAACACUCGACAAAGACGGAGAAAUUGAGACCGGACGUCAUCGCUUAAAGCGAAUAAUUGAUCGAUACCGAGAUGGGGAAAAUAGUACUGGAUCGGAGCAUGUUAAUGAACAAGAGCAUGAUACUGAAGGCAACACAAACCCGUCAACUAUGGUCGCAUCAACAUCGUCUGCACCGUCGAAAGUGGAAAAGACAGGUAUAAGAAAGAGACUAAAACGAUUCUUACAGAAGCUAUCAUUCCGAAAACAACCAAAAGAAAUGACACAAAUUGUCGAUGAAUCACCUUCGGUUAAAAGACAAAUUGAAGACGAAAUAAAGCUCACUAAGCAAGAAUUAUCUCAAGAACAAAUAAACAAUAUAGAUGAGAUAAUGCGCACCGAGACAGAAGAAGGUGAUGAAGAGGUGAAAGGUUUUGUCACAAUCUAUGAUUUCGGAGGAGAAAAGGUGUUUUACAACACACAUCACUGUUUUAUGUCCAGCAACAUGGUUUUCGUCGUAGUGUUUGACGUGGCGAUGUGUCUGGAUUCGAACCGAUCAGUGGCAGGCUACGAAAUAACUGAAUAUUGGCUGAAAAACAUUGCAACUUAUGCUAUUGAUGACGGAGCAGACGGCAAAAGGACGCCACCAAUAAUCCUGGUCGGCUCACACCUAGACCAGGUAUCGCCUGAUCCAGAAGAGCAAAAAAGAUUGUUUGGAAAUGUACUUGAGAAGAUUUACGAUGAUCAGCAACUACGAGAAAUUAUGGAAAACCAUAUCCAAGACGCGUUUCCAAUUGCAAACUUGAAUGAUUCCACGAUAAACCAACACGUCUACGAAUUAGUCUGGCAGAAGGUCAUUGAGAUCGCCCCAUUCCAGUCCCAAUGGGAGAAACCUGUCCCUGCAAAAUGGGUUGCAUUAGAGCAUGAACUGGUUAGAUUGAAAAACAAAGGCCGCAUCAUUCUAACCUAUGAUGAGUUGCUACAGCUUAACCGCGGGUUACCUGUACCGUUAGAGGAACGGGAAAUCAAGGAUUUCCUUAGAAAUCUGAAAUUCACAGGCUCAUUCCAUUGCUUUGAUCUCCACGGUAACAGUCCAUUUGUAGUGCUCCAGCCGCAGUGGACAAUUGAUGCAUUCAAAGCAAUUAUUACGGAUAUAAAGUUUAGAAGCAACCUACCCACCAUGCUGGAACAAAAGUGGAAACAAUAUGAAAAGUCCGGUGUUCUUCCAAUGGAAUUUCUCACACAGCUUUGGGGGGAAGAAAGGUUUCUUAACAACAAAGACGCACUCUGCAUCGUGAUGGAAACUCAUAGUCUUCUUGCAAAACCAAUACCAGACGAUUCAAACGUUGAGGUUGACUACUUCAUAGUACCAUGUAUGCUUCAGACCGCCGAUCCGGAGAUAUUUCACCAAAUACUUGAUGAUCCUGACACUGUUUCAAGUGUCACUCUUUGUCUCACGUUCAACAACCCAUUCAUCCCACACGCAUUGUGGGACAAGAUGAUUGCCUCCUGUAUCCACAGGUUCCAACGACUAAAUGAACCAGGGCAUGAUGGCUUAAAGUUCAUCCAGCGUGGCUUUGCUUGCCUGGCACUGGAUUAUCUUUGGAACAUAGCAAUCAACUGCAGAGAUAAUGCCAUGAAGAUCACAAUGUUCAAAACAGAUAAGAAUAAAUCAAAGCAAACAGGAGCUGGAGUUAACGUAAUCUACAUUCUUGGAUUUCUUCUCCGGCGUAUUCUUGAACAAAAUCAUCAAAACCACCUGAAAUACCAAUUCUACCUACACAACGACUACAGGUUUGAUUCCAGUGAUAAGAUGGUGAGAGUAGACGAUCUCCAGAAGACUCCAUGCCUACAUUGCUUCGGUUUAAGUGGAGAAGGAUGGAUAGACAAAGAAGACGUCCGCUUCUGGUUCAAAGACCCCGAUCAAAAGACCGAACGGAAUGCAACGUUCAACGACGAGUUAACUGCUGUGUUACCGGAUAGAAAUCUAACGUGCAAAGAGAUUGGAAGAGUCUCCAGAUACAUUGGAGGUGCAUACCAGACAUUCUUCGUCGGACUGGGCUGUCUUAUUGAAGAACUUGAGCAGGAGAAAGAAGAGCACCGCCAUCUCGCUCUCAGAUCUCAGAUCACGAAAAUUUUCCAUCGAUUGCUCAAAAAGAAGGCAGAUAUCAAGUUCAAGACUGUAGCCGGGGCAAUGUCACUGCACGGAAUGGAUCCUACGCACCUCACAAACAUCAUUGACUGUAACAGGAAAACAAUCUAUGAAGACGAUAGAUUGCCAGAUAGAAUGUUGCAAAAAACUUUAUCAUCAGGUGAUGUUCCAUACAUUGUUGGAUGUGUGGAUAUUAAAACAUACUUCAACAUGUUCCUGGAGCUUGGAUUCCCGCCAAAAACUAUUGAAGAGUUUGACGACAAUUACCGAAACAAACCAACUCGUGCCAAGAUAAAAGCUUUGCUGGAAGCUGUCAUUACGGAAAUCAAACCUCCGCCGACACUGAACACAGUUUUGCUGGCGAUGCAGGAAUGCGACAUGGACACAGAAUCAGUCAUCAUGGCAUUAAAGCUUAUAUAGAAUCCUGACGAAAUAACGUGUAAUAGAGUAAAACACUAACGACACAACAUGUGCCAGAGUAAAACACUAACGACACAACAUGUGCCAGAGUAAAACACUAACGACAUAAUGUGUGCUAGAGUAAAAUACUGACGACAAAAUGUGUACCAGAGUAAAACACUCACGACACAAUGUGUACCAUAGUAAAACACUCACGACACAAUGUGUACCAUAGUAAAACACUCACGACACAGUGAGUACCAUAGUAAAACACUCACGACACAAUGUGUACCAUAGUAAAACACUCACGUCACAACGUGUACCAGAGUAAAACACUCACGACACAAUGCGUGCUAGAGUAAAAUACUGACGACACAAUGUGUGCUAGAGUAAAAUACUGACGACACAAUGUGUGCUAGAGUAAAACACUGACGACACAAUGUGUUCCAGAUUAGACAAUUGAAAACACAAUGUGUUCCAGGUUAGACAAUUGAAAACACAAUGUGUACCAGGUUAGACAAUUGAAAACACAGCGUGUACCAAGUUAGACAAUUGAAAACACAACGUGUACCAAGUUAGACAAUUGAAAACACAACGUGUACCAGGUUAGACAAUUGAAACCAACAACGUGUACCAGGUUAGACAAUUGAAAAAACAACGUGUACCAGGUUAGACAAUUGAAAAAACAACGUGUACCAGCAAAGAUUUCGUAUCCACCCUCGGACUGAAGCCAUAUGGAUGAGAGAAAAACACAUACUGGAUACUGACUGAUAUUAAGUCAACACAAAUGUGGUUUGUCUAGGAGAAUGCAACAGAUACACAACCGGCAUAAUGCUAUAUUUCAUUGAAUCCAUAUUAUCGUAUUAUCGUCAGUGAUACAGAGUACGAAAACAAGAUGAGUGAAAAGCGAUCAGUUAACCAAACGUUGUUAUAUCUAUAGUUCAGCCAAAAAUCACCUAGAGUAUCAGACCUUCGUUAUAGCUGUAGUACCAUUUCAUAUUAGAUCUUUAUCUAAUAGUCAGAUAUGUAUCUGAAUACCAGACAGUUUGUCAACUAUGUUUUUCCAUUAUAUUUCAAGCAUGUUAGACAUGUCGAUUUCUAGUAUGUUUAUAUACAUAUAAUACAAUAGUCGCAUGUUUGAUGUGUUAGAUGCUUGAAUAUUAGAAACUUUCACCUUGGAUUAUUUUUUGUGUAAUUCGCUUGUUUAUCGUCAGAAUUGUUUUCCAUGUUUUAUUUUUUUGUACUGUUCUCUAUAUGGAGGUACAAUUCGUCAUUAUAACAAUAUGUCAAUAAUUGUAAAGGCACUAGAUGAAACGUGUACAGUGUAUUAUGAUCUCAAUGAUGAUUAUGACAACGUAAAUAAUGACUAGUAACUGACGAUUUCACAAUGUAAACAACGACUUGUGUCUGACGAUUUGACAAUGUAAACAACGACUUGUGUCUGACGAUUUGACAAUGUAAACAACGUCUUGUGUCUGAGGAUUUGACAAUGUAAAUAACGACUUGUGUCUGAGGAUUUGACAAUGUAAACAACGACUUGUGUCUGAGGAUUUGACAAUGUAAACAACGACUUGUGUCUGAGGAUUUGACAAUGUAAACAGCGACUGUUUUCAGAGGAUUAUGAUAAUGUAUUUUUCUUGAGGGAGUCUGAAGUUGGUUGCGAGUUCCGUUUAAGUAA